AGCAACAACGCGCGACAAGACAAAAUCGUGAUUUCAAUUUCAAAAGAAGAUCGUGCGCGACUCGACGUCGCAGUUCGUAACCAGCAUCAUGAGGAACCUUCAAUUAGCCUUGUUUUGCGUGAUCGUGGGCACUAGUUUCGCUCAGCUCCGGCAAGAUCAGCUCAGAUCCAAUCCCUACCUCAAUCAACAGUACCGCCAGCAGGAGGUCAACACCAACAACGCCCGAAGACAGUAUCAGCAGCAGCACGGCGACCAGCACUACAAUCCCUACAACCAGCAGCAGCAGUACAACAACAAGGAUUACCAGGAGCAGCAUCAGUAUAACAAGCAAGGACAGCAGCAGCAUCAACAGCAGCAGCAGAGACCGAGGGCCUUCGCCAGCAGCAACGGAGCCUGCCCCGAGCGCAACGGCCGAUUCCCCGUGGCCUCGCAGUGCGACGCCUACAUCGAGUGCGUCGAGGGUGUGCCCGAGCAGAAGCUCUGCCCCGAGGGUCUGGUCUUCAAUCCCGAGGCGAGAUUCAACAAUCACUGCGGAUAUCCCAUCGACGUGAAGUGCGAGGGAAGAUCGGCGCUCCAACGAGCUCAGCCAAGCGAAGAGUGCCCUCACCAGUUCGGCUACUUCAAAGUCGGUGACAGGCAGAACUGCGGAAAAUUCAUGAACUGCGUCGAGGGCAAAGCCUUCACCUUCGACUGUCCCGAGGGAUUGGCCUACAAUCCAAAAACGUAUCACUGCGACUGGCCCGACCAGGUUGAGGAAUGCGACACCGAAGCUUUCCUUCGUUUCACCUGCCCAGCCGUUGGAAAUGCCCUCUUGGCUGCAACCACGAGAUUCUACGCAUCGCCCCACGACUGUCAACACUACUACACCUGCGACGAGAACAACCGUCCAAGAUUGCACAACUGCGGCGCCGGCAAAGCCUACAAUUCACUUACGUCGGCUUGCGAUGAUGCCGAAAACGUAGCUGGAUGUGGUGCUCCACCAUCGUCGAUCAGCCUCAACAACAUCAACAGCGUCAACAACGUUCGCGUACCCAGCGUACCUAGCGUACCUGCUUUCGAUAGCCAAUUCGGCAGAGGACAACAGCGUCACGUACCCAAUACCUUCGAGCAACAGAAAAACUUACCAAACCGUCAGCCAAAGUCUUACGACGAGACCAAUCCCUUCCUCCAUGGACAGAGACCUAGAUUCGAUGUCAGAUCUAAUUUCGAGGAUGACUCCAAGCAAUUCGUGCAGAGAUUCACUCCAUAAGCGCGCGAACGUGUGUGAAAAUAUUGACUUAUGAUCCAUUCAUUUUUUAGCGCAUAAAAUCCGAUUAUAAGUUUCAAAAGUUGAACCAAAUAUUAAGUAAUUU